GCUCACGGCUUGGCCGUAGCAGAGUCGUCUGCUUUUGAUACUUCUCUUGUACUAGAAGAGGUUUUUAGGGACACCUCUCUCUUUCUUGGUGCUUAAAAGUGAUGGUGAGGGAACUUUUUGGACAGAGCCAGUGAUUCCAAGCAUCUUCCUCAACCCUUGGCACUGCAGUUGCAACAUCUACUGGAAAAAUCAACCAGUGCAAACAAGGCACUGCAUAGAAGACCAUGGGGAAAUUCAGAAGUAUCCUCUUGUGCCUUGGCUUUCUUCUAGUCCACGUACAAGGUCAACGUGAUUUUGAUUUAGCUGAUGCUCUUGAUCACCCAGAGGACAUAAUUACCAGGAGACCUACAGUGAUCAGAAGACCGACAAGGCCUGUGCUGAACAACGAUCUGCAUUUAGGAGAUGCUCUUGGUGGGGGUGACAUCCCAAGACAACCUUUAUACCCACCUCUUCCACCACGACCGGGAAGCCAUAGCAAUUCGGGAGGUUUUGAUGACUCAGAUCUCCUUGAUGGGAAGCCUUUACCACCGCACAUAGCAGCAGAAGAGGAGCAUCAUUUCAAUCGUGGAGGCAACACGGAUUCAGGAUUAAUAGCUGGAGUUACAUCUCCUAUAAUUUCUGCUUUCGUAAUACUAGUUGUUGGAUCGAUAGCGGCCUACUCUGCUUAUAAGAACAAGAAACUUUGCUUCAAACCACAUGGUGGGGCUGCAGUGUAAGCCACUGGAAGAAGAGCUGCCCUCUGAUCACAGGCUCCCUUGGUUGGUGACAUUCACCCCCCAGAUCAAACAUUUUUUUUCUACUUUAUCAUUCUGACAAAAGAAAAACUUCCUUCUAAUGAAAGUUUUGUCGAGACAUUCCAAUCCUACUCUCUUUUACCCGGUGUCGGUCUUGGACCUUGAGCUUUACAUCAUCAAAAAUAUGCUUAAAAUGCCAGAGAAUAGUACUGAAUUAUCUGACCUGCAUUCAUAAAGGCUGGAUACGUGUUUUGAUUCAGAAGUUAUUUUAAACAGCAAAGAAAUCAAGUUUAAUAUAAGCUAAAAAUGGAAAGUUUUUUGUUUGUCAGUGUUUGAGUCACUGAACAAUUUUAUUUUUUUUCUCUUUUUGAAAUUAGCCAGAAUACUUAAUCCUUCUGAUAGAAUAGGAACAAGGAAAUUACCAUUUUCAUUCAUACUUUUGGGUUUCUUUGGUGUAUUUCUGUAUUGUUUAUAAAGUCUAAGGAAAACUUGAAGUUGUAUAAAGGAUUAAAAAUUUUAAUGCCUUUACUUUGUAUUUAUGUCUGAAUUCUAGCAAAGUGAAAUGAGCUAUAGAUGGAAAAUUCAUUCUUAAUGUUCAAAUAUAGCAUGAAAAUAGUAUGUACACUUACAAACCAGUGUUUAAAAAAAUAAAAAUGAGAGGAACUCAUGCUGAUUUUAUUUAUUUAUUUAUUUACUUAUUACUGAAACGGUGUUCAGCUCUUCUCAGGAACUGGAAUUGGACAUUAAUUUUGUUUCCCUUCUUGAAAACAGGUCCUACUCUAGGACCUAAUGUCUUAGGUCCUCCUCUAGGACCUUUAAAGGCAUUAAUCUGGCAGACUGUGGUUUUUUUUAAGAACCAUAUUAUUCAUAAUUUUUGUAAAGAGAAAACAGGCACCAAGUUUUCAGAAUAAUUUAGAACGAGUCUGUGACACUUUGUUCUAUAAAAUCUAUGUCACACCAACUAUUCAACUUCACACGUACGUGGAGGUAUGGUUGAUAGAUUUUUGCUAGCAAGGCUGCUUUGAUUUUUUCCCUUAUUCCUGAUGAACCUUGCUGUGCUAACAAAUGUCCUUACAUGGACAAACCUAUCAACAAAAACUAACACUUUUCCAGUCUCUCUGCCUUCAUUUAGCUAACUGAAUCAAAAUACUCGCAAAUGAAUUAAGUGCAGAUGAAAGCUGGCAAAACUAGUAGUUUACUGAUGUAAUUUGCAAUACAGCUGUUUUAGCUGACUCUUUAAAGCAUAGAAGAAAUCUCUGUGUCUUUAUCUUCCUCUUAUAUGUGAAGCAUGCUUUUUCUUACCGAAAUUACAUGUAGAUGGAGGUAAACAUGAUUUUGUGUUUAUUAAAUUGUUGAGAGAAAGACAUCAUGAGAAAAAGUACUUUUUUAUGAAAAAGUACUUUUUUAUGAAAGAAAAUACUAUUCUAUCUAAACUAUAUUUGACAUGGGUAUAUAUCAGUUGCUGAGGAAAUUACCAUAAUAUUUAUUUUGAUCCUGAAAGUAAGAAAUGGUAAUGUACAUCAGUUGAAAUACAGCAACACCUUGACAACGCACAAACAAACGAGCACCUUUGUGGCUAUCACUUUCAACUUACGAAUACUAACAUAUUUUUAAAUUGCUUUUCAAGGACAUCUGAUAUUUCUUCAAAAACUCUAAUUUUCCAAGUUAAUAGUUAAAAUGGAUUGAUAUAUAUUUUGUCAGGUAGAUGUAAAGUUUGAUUAAUGACAUGUUAAAGUGUUUUGUCGUUACCACUUCAGUUUUUUGCUUAACAAUGAAAAUAUAUAUUUUGCUUCUUUCUCUUGAAAAUUUUCAAUAAACACAUACUGUGUUUUAUGUAA